UUACUCAACGACCGAUGGCCGGAGUCCGCUAAAAUACGGCGCAAGCAAACAAAUGCAGGGGAGGAUUAGCUUUCCGAUCGCCGCCGGUGACAUGACUCGUCGAAGUGAAAGCUCCACCCCCUCUGCCGGCGGUUGGAAUGUCAUCGAUCAUAUCCAUCCACCCCGGGCAUUUCCAACUGCAGCUUAUUUCAAUAAAAUAAAACGCCUUAUGAUCCUUAAUCGCUCCAUCUUCAAACUGCGCAAUCCUUGAUCGACAACAUCUUCGCUGCUGCUGCUGCUGUUCCAGAAUUUGACCAACCAAAGUACCAUAAACUACGUUAAACUGCAGGAUGCAGCUAUAAAGAUCCCCCCUUUUUUUGCUUCAAUCUCGGCAAAAUCUCGGUUGCUUUCUCCUGGCGACCAUUUCCAGUUCGGGCAUUAGCAAGCAAGCUUGUAAGGCAAGGUGAAGGGAAGCAGAAAAGUUGUUCCUUUCUGCGCAAGCAACGAGAGAGGAAGAAAGUUGGUGUUUUGGUCACUGAUUGAGGCGCAAGGAAGGGAAGGCGGGAUGGCGGCUCUAGGGUUAGGGUUAGAGGCGAAGAGUACCACCGGCUUUGGCGAUUCCAUCAGAGAGCUUCAGCAAAUAUGGACAGAGAUCGGGGAAAGCGAGGAGGACAUGGACAGCAUGGUGUUGGAAUUGGAGAGGGAGUGCAGGAAAAUAUACCAGAAGAAGAUCGAAGAAGCUAGCAGAGCUAGGGCAUUCCUUCACCAGUCAGUGGCGGCCAAAGAAGCAGAGGUUGCUUCUCUUGUGGCUGUUCUUGAUGAACGCAAUCUCCAGCGCAAGAUGGAGAAGUUGUCCCUGAAGGAGCUGCUUGCUUCAGUCGACCCUCUUUUGGAAAAUUUGAGGGAAAUGAGAGAGGAACGGCUGAGACAAUUUGCAGAAGUGCUUUCACAGAUUGAGAAGAUUAAAGCAGAGAUAGAAGGAUUCAGUUACCCUCAUCCUCCGACUAAUGAUGUUAAGAUCAAACAAGAUGACUUAUCAGUUCGAAAACUCACCGAGUAUCAGUUGCAACUAAAGGCCCUCCAGAAGGAUAAGUCUGACCGCCUUCAGAAAGUUUUGGAGUUUGUAAAUGAGAUUUACUCUUUAUGCGGUCUCCUUGAAGUGGAUUUCCGAAAGACAGUUGACUCUGUGCACCCUAGCUUGCAUGAUAAUGGUGGAAAACAUUCCACAAACAUUAGUGAUUCCACACUCGAGGGGCUGUCUCAAACUGUCCUGAAGCUAGAAACUGAGAAGAAGAUUCGAAAGGAGAAGCUAUUUCAAGUGGCGGAAUCACUGCUGGAUCUGUGGAAUCUGAUGGAGACUCCUCAUGAAGAGAAGAAAUACUAUAGAGAAACAGAAAGCAUUGUGGGAUCACUUGAACAUGACAUUGGAUGCUCAGGCAUCUACUCGCUUGAAACGAUUGAGAAGAUGGAAGGUGAAGUUGAGAGGCUCACAAACCUUAAAGCGACUAGAAUGAGGGAACUUGUUCUGAUUAGAAGGACAGAACUAGAAGAGAUAUGCAGAACUACACAUAUCGAACCUGAUACGAGCACAGCACCAGAGAACGUCAGUGCACUGAUAGAUUCAGGCAUUGUGAAUUCUUCUGAACUUCUUGCGAGCAUCGAGAUGCAAAUUUCUAAAGCCAAAGAGGAAACCAUUGUCAGGAAAGAAAUCAUGGAUAGGGUAAACAAAUGGCUCGUGGCAUGUACUGAAGAGAACUGGCUCGAAGACUAUGACCAGGAUCCAAACAAGUACAUUGCUGGAAGAGGUUUCCACUUGAAUCUAAAACGCGCAGAGAAGGCACGAGCGAUUGUCAGCAAAAUUCCAGAUAUGGUGGACAAAUUGAUGAACAAGAUAUUCGUCUGGGAGAACGAAAGACAGAUGCCUUUCUUGUAUGAUGGGGUUUCACUGGUAUCAAUAUUGGAAGAGUAUAAACUAUUGAGGCAACAGAAGGAAGAACUGAAAAGGCGAUAUCGAGAGCAGAGAAAACUUCAAAACAUGUUCCUCAAAGGUAAGGAAACAGUUUACGGGUCCAAAUGGAGUUCAAGAAGGAACACCAAUUUUAGAGGGAAGCCAAAUGCAAAUGGCUCCAUGAACAGUGCAAUCCCCGAGUUGUUUCUUCUCCAUUCCCGUUCUCGCGAUUCUGAUGCAUACUCCAAGGAGAUACGGCAUCUGUCCUGCACAUCAUUGAACUUCCCUCCGAUGUCAAGGGAGGAUACUGCAUCUUUGUUCACAUCCAUUACAAGUUCUGAACCUGAGUCUCCACCUUUCACUUGAACUCUCAGGUUUGUGUCACUUGUUAUUCAUUUCACAUGUUUCCUUUCCACAUCUGCAAGUUUGUAAUACCUUCCUUUCAGUUUCUUAGCCGCCGGGCCCUUUGAUCUUUUUUGUUAAAUGAAACUCGUUAACUAGAUGUUCUGAUACUCUGCGAUAUCAGUCAUAUGGAAUAGAUGUUGCUAGUAGAUUUAUAUA